GUAAAAGCGAUCAUGGGUUCUUCUUCUAGAAAUUUGUAUGCAGGAAUAUGUGAAGGGCAAUCAACCACACGGCCACCUCUUUUUGAUGGAACCAAUUAUACAUAUUGGAAAGAACGAAUGCGAAUAUAUAUUCGUCCCACGAACUUCCAAUUAUGGUUGGUUAUCAAAAAUGGGGAAGAGAUGCUGAUGAAGAAAGUCGGAGAUAAGUUGAUCCCUAAGACCGAAGAUGAAUUUGAUGUCGAAGACAUCAAGAAAGUAGAGAACUAUGCAAAAGCUAUUAACAUGCUCUACUGCGCGGUCAACCCCGAUGACUAUCGCAAGAUCUCUUGCUGCUCAACCGCCAAGGAGAUGUGGGAUAAGCUCGAGGUGACGUACGAAGGAACGGACCAAGUACGUGAAGCCAAGAUCGACUUCCUCACCCAAGAGUAUGAGAUGUUCAGGAUGAAGGAGCACGAGAAGAUCGACGAUAUGUUCGACCAUUUUUCCAAGAUAGUCAACGAUCUUCAUGCAUUAAAGAAGACUUACACCGAUAGGGAUCUUGUGCGAAAGAUCCUACGGAGCUUGACAUCCGAAUGGCGAUCCAAGGCCGAUGCCAUCUAUGAAUUAAUCGGAACAUCAAAUGUCACCAUCGACGGUCUAAGAGGUAAUCUAAAAACUUAUGAAUCUACUAUUCUUAACCCGUCUUUGAAUGACCAAAGGAAAGGGAUAGCAUUAAAAGCCAUCAAAGAAUCAACGAUGGAUGAUUCAAGCGACGAUGAUGAAGUCAAGCUUGUCAUGAAGAAGUUUUGUAAACUUCUAAGGAAGAAAGAGAAGGUUGAGGAUGGCCCUGUGUGCUAUGGAUGUGGUGAAGCCGGGCACAUCAAAAAAAAAUGCCUGAAAAGCGGAAGGAAUGCUCGUCACUUCAAAAAUCAAAGAGCAUACAUCUCUUGGGGUGGCAAUUCCGGCGAUGAGUCAAGCGAGCAAGAGGAAGACGAAGAAGCAAACCUUUGUCUCAUAGCUCAAGAAGAAGAGGAGUCCGACAACGGCGAAAACCAAGAGGGAAGCUUGUUUCCCUUGGUUGUACGAAGGAAAGGGAUCUUCCUUCGGGUUGAAGUCUUAGAGUGCGGUAUCUCCGAGCAAGUGUUGUUGAGGCUCGUGGGACUCGAGUUCUUAGGUUGUAACGGUUUGUUAAGCACCCGGAUGGCUAUUACUACCAAGAAAACAUGUUUGAUCCAUGAUUCCUCAUCUGAAUACUACCUUCAUCCCUCCGAAGGUCCGGGUAAUGCUUUAACAAAACACGUUUUGAAAGAGGACAUGGCCGUCAGUCAUUUAGUCGAGGGGGAGGUCGCGGGAACCGAGGAGGCCAAUCUGUUGCCCAGCCGGCACCUACUGCCAAAGGCCUGCAUGGAGGAAAAGCCGGACCGUCGGCCAAUCCGGCAGCCGAGGCACCCCUGUCCCUCUCUGCAUUAUCGCCCGAUCAUGUUUCUCGUCUCUUUUGUUAGGCAAGGCGUGCAACUCUAGAGGGGGGGGGAAUAGAGUUGUUUGAGAAUGUUUACCGAUUUUCGCAAGAUUAAUAAUAUAAACGUAAGUGCAGCGGAAAUAAAAUAGAAAAGGAAAA